AAAAGAGAGUAUCCCAAAGAGGGUCUCUGGCAGGAGCUGCGGCGUGGGGAGGCUGCGCUGGAGCAUGCGAUGCUCUUACUAACCUUGUGCCUGCAUCUCUGAAACCAGACCAUGGAGGGGGGCAAGCCGUUAAAGGUCGCUCUUGUUCUCAGCCUGCCCCUGUUUUUUCAGGUCUGUGCUGGAAACAACGUCACCGAUUACUAUGACUCCAACACCACCAUCGACUACAACGAGUUCGAGGUCCUGUGUGAGAAGGAUGAUGUCCGUAACUUCCGCGCUGCCUUCCUCCCAGCCAUGUACGCCCUCAUCUGCUUCACAGGGCUGCUGGGGAACGGGCUGGUGGUGCUCACCUACAUCUACUUCAAGAGGCUCAAAACCAUGACAGACAUCUAUUUGCUGAACCUGGCCCUGGCAGACAUCCUCUUCCUGCUGACCCUCCCCUUUUGGGCCACAACUGUAGCCAAGCACUGGCUUUUUGGGAAGUUUGCCUGCAAAGCUGUGUAUUGCAUCUGCAGAAUGAGUUUCUUCAGCGGGAUGCUGCUCCUCCUGUCCAUCAGCAUCGACAGGUACUUUGCCAUUGUCCAGGCUGCCUCAGCCCACCGCUUUCGUCCCCGGAUGAUAUUCAUUAGCAAGGUUACAUGCACCCUCAUUUGGCUCCUGGCCUUCAUCCUCUCAAUCCCUGAGCUGGUUCACAGUGGUGUAAAAAACGUGGACAACAAUCCCCAUUGUUCCAUCAUCGCUCACGACUUGCAGACCUUCAACGCCGGCAUCAAAGUGUCCCAGAUGGUUUUUGGCUUCUUAUUUCCCUUGCUGGUCAUGUCUGCCUGCUACCUCAUCAUCAUCAAAACAUUACUGCAGGCCCGCAACUUUGAGAAGAACAAAGCCAUCAAAGUCAUCAUCGCCGUGGUAAUUGUCUUUGUUAUCUUCCAGCUGCCCUACAACGGUGUCAUGCUGGCCAAGACCAUCUCAGCCUUCAACCACACCAGCUCGUGUGAGGAGAGCAAGCAGCUCGACGUGGCAGAUGACGUGACCUACACCCUGGCCUGCUUCCGCUGCUGCCUCAACCCUUUCCUCUAUGCCUUCAUUGGCGUCAAAUUCCGCAACGACCUCUUCAAGCUCCUGAAGGAAUUGGGCUGCCUGAGCCAGCAGCGCCUCUUGCAGCUCUCAACCUGCCGCGAGAGCAAGAGGUUCUCCUACGCCAUGGAGACAGAGACGACCACCACGUUCUCCCCAUGAGCCGAGCUCCAGGCAGGCUUUGGCCGAGCUGCAGUAGUCCUGUACACAUCCUCUGUUCUGAGCUAUUGGUAGAGCAAGACCUGCCACUACUGUAGGAAAGAGGAGAACCCAGGAGGCUCUGCCUGCUUCAGGCAACAAGCACUGCUAGCCAAUACUCCCAUGGAUGGAGAGACUCCAGUAAAGCUGGGACUAACAGCAGGGCAAGGCAGAGGGAGCCUGGUGAGUCUAGAACUUAUCCCAUCAUUUCACCUUUAUUUUAGUCUUUCCUAGUCAAAAUGAGAAAUGUUCAGAACAUUCUCCCUAAAAGCAACGAAUACCAAGAGAAGCAGACAAGAACUAAGCAAGAACUUCCGAGAGCAUCAUCCUUGCUUUGAAUGUUGCUUUUAACAGGACUGCCUAUUGCUCUUCCAUACCUACAGAAAUGAUGCCCGUGGAACUGAUCCACUCUUCAAGCCAGAACAGCACGAGCAGCCUCAGGCUCCAAGCUUGUAAGCUGUGAAGUAUCCAAGCACACCAAUCUUCACCCUGCCUUCCCCCAUGAAAAGUGAGAAAUGUCCAUAACUAAUCCUAAAGCCAUACAUAUGAUAGAUAUCAUUUCAAUAACUUCAUAUAUUAUUGUGGAAACUCUUAUGUUUCUCAAGGAAAGUACAAAUUCCACUCCAGUUCCACCUGCAUCGGGUGUUUCACCUAUAAAGAAGGUGCCUCCUAAGGAGCACAAGUGAUUCCAUCCCAAUAUUGACUUGAAUUCUUUAGAAAUGCUGCUUCACCCCGGAAAGAAAGUCUCCUUUCGCUUCUGAAAGGGCCCAAGGCCGAUGGGCUCCAAAUAACCAGGUGCCAGGAUCCUCAGGAUUUUAAAGAUUCAAGCCCAGGGCAAACCCAGGCAUUUCUUAAGGCAAAACAUUCAAAUUCUGGAUGUAGUUGUGCCCAUGGUCCAACCGCUCCAGUCUAUCAGUAUCUGAAGCUUGCUCGUACCUGGCCUUACGGGCCAUGGUGGGCACGUACACAUGGGGCCUUCUGUGCUGUUGCUUGCUGACCUCCAGAGAUAAGCAGGAACGUGGGGUUUUCUUCUCCCUUCCCAAUCGACGUGUCCUUCUAGAAGGCCUUUAGCAGCUGGCUUUGAAGUCAGGUAUGUAUUUCACUUAUAAGCUAUUGAAAACGUGUUUGGCAGUCGCACAGCCCCUGCUCAGAAAGAUGCCAUUCACUGGUGUGAUUUCAACGCAAAGGACGGUGACGUGUUCAAGAUUGCUGCCAGGGUCAGCACUUGAAAGGAAAGUGGCAGCUGAACAACAGGUUAUUGUCACGUAAAGUAAGGCCUGGAAAAGAAGCCCAGAAUGCAAUGCCAGCUGGUGCUUUUACUGCAGGGGCCAAGAUUCCUAAGGACAGACGAACACCCUGGGAACUGCUGGCGUGGGUGCAGAGCCUCACCCUCCAGAACA